AUGAACUUCGACUCAGGCACGGCCUACGCCGAGUCGGAUGCCGACGACGAGUACGAGCGAGACAUCCACGGCAGCUCGCCCAUUGCCACCGACGUCGAGAACUCCCCCAUCGACUCCGACCCGCCCUCCGCCGAGCACACCCCGACCACCUAUGGCGCCUACCGCUCCAGCGCCGACCGCUUACCGGAGACGAUUAUUUCGGAGUGGAAUGCUGAUGAGUGUGCGGAUUUUAUUGCCAGCAUUGGACUACAGCAAUAUGCCGAUAUUUUCAUAGAAAACGAAAUUGUUGGAGAGGCCCUUGUUGCUCUGCAACAUGAAGACCUCAAGGCGAUGGGAAUCCUCUCUGUUGGGCACCGACUCACCAUCCUCAAGUCGGUGUUUGACGUCAAAAAGGCACAGGACGUGCCUAUCGAAUCCGAUCAUUACAUGCCACUAACCGCCGAGACACAAGCCCAGUCGUCGUACGCCACGCUAAAAGACAUCAAGCAGCUGGUGGAACAGUUGCGCCUACGAGACGAGCGGAUAUCAUUAGUCGAGCAGGACAUCCGCAGAUUAAUGGAAGACUACCGGAAACUACGCGAAGACGUCCUCCCAGCAGUGCGCAUGGUCAAGGACGCCCAACAGCCGCUGCCCAACCUCACGAACGGGCCAUCGUAUGAGAACACGUUAUCACCACCCGCACCGACGCCAUCAACGGGCGGUCCGGGCAGUGCCGGCCUCAACCGGCAAUACUCCACCAAGAGAAUCAUGCUAGGCACCACGCCAAAGGCGACAUCCCCGACACAUCUCCAAACAAACCACGACCGUUCCAUCGUCGAACAGACCCUCGACCCUGCCAGCGCCGCUGAGCGCGCCGUCAUGUCGUCCUCCCACCUAGCCGCCAUGAACGGCUCUGGUGGUAGUGGGAACAACAUCUCGCCCUCUUACCCUUCCCCCAAUAUGCCCUCGCCGACCUCUCCACCCACUGGUAUGCUCCCCAACGCCACACUUGGGGCCCGCUCCUACCGCUCUGCCGACCAACCGACUCCUUCCUCCCGCUCCACCUUCGCACCCGACGACCACUACUCCAGCAACCCCCUUCCUUCAUCCGCCUCCUCCACCUCCACCAAAACCACAACCGUCCCGGCCCCCGUCAGCGCGCCACGUCGCAUGCAAACCCCAGCCCCCGAAACUCCAGGUUCCGCCAGCAACGCCUCAGUCGAGAUCUUCAAGUCCUUCCGCGUCAGCAUGGAUGACCCAUGCUACAAGGUCCUGCCUGCCGCGCUCAAGAAAUACCAAAUCAACGCCCCCUGGGACCAGUACGCGCUGUACAUUGUGUACGGCGACCAAGAACGGUGUCUCGCACUCGACGAAAAACCACUCAUCCUCUUCAAGCAGCUAGACAAAGAAGGCAAAAAGCCCAUGUUCAUGCUGCGAAAAACGAAUAACGGCGGACUCGGAGGGGAUAUCGGUGGGUCAGGCAGUAACACCGCAGGGUUCGGUAGCGGCGGGAUAGGUUCUGGCGGGUUAGGCUCAGCAGGCGGAGGGGCCGCUUUGCCUGGGUAUGAUCCGCCUGGUGGCAUCAUUUAG